CUCCAUGCAGUGUGAACGGCUCCGUCGUCUGCAGCGGAGGUACAGCGCCCUCGCAUACUUUCUGCGGCGCACGGAAGGGACGCGAGGGAAGAGGCAGCAUUCAGCGCUGCGGCUCCUGAAGGUUACGGGACGUCGA